AUGAGUGACUUAAUCCUUGAGGUUGCAGGAGUGGGGUAUCCUGCACAUCGACUGAUUCUAUGUGCCAGUAGUGAGGUGUUCCAGGUUAUGCUGAUGAAUCGAGAAUGGAGCGAAUGGCGAGAAAGUCGCAUUGUGUUACAGGAGACUCCUUCGGCUGCCUCUGUCUUCCCACAUUUUCUUAAGUAUUUUUAUACCGGCCAAAUAAAAAUAUCGCAUGAAACUGUUCUUCCAGUACUCUCUUUGGCUGAUAAGUACAAUGUCAAUGAUCUAGUGACGCUGUGUCUUGAAUACAUGUCACAGCAUAUCGCUCAAGCUGCCAAACGUGGAAAACUCAUCUCAUGGAUGCAAUAUACAAUGGCCUGUGGACAUAAUGAAGUUGCAAAGGCUUGCCAGAACUUCGUUAAGUGGAACUUGGAGUGGCUGUGGUCAGACAGUGAGCUAGAUGAGCUGGAGGGGGAGAAUCUGGUGCACCUGCUGCAGCAGAGUGACCUGGUUGUACAUAAUGAGAUGAGCGUCUACCGGUUUGUUGAACGCUGGCUCAACCGGCAAAGAGUUAGACUUGGCCUCUGCAGUAACACUUCUGAAGAUACUGCCAAUAACAGUGAUCAAUCUGAAAUAAAGGCGCAUUGGGACUCUCUUGUUGCUGCUGUGUUCUCACAUGUGAGGUUCCCCAUGAUGUGCCCAAAUCAACUGGCGAAGUUGCUUCUGUGUCCACUGACCCAGGAGCACAAGGACUUUUUUAUGGAACAUAUGGCCAUUGCGAUGAGCUACCAGUCGGGUCAGAUGGAGCGGGCGGGGCGUGGUGGGGGUGGAGGUGGGGGCGGGUUGGUGUUCACGCCGCGGCUGUACACAGAGGACACGUGGGGCUCGGUGCUGGGCGUGGAGCACUUCCACUCGCUGCCGUGCUACCACAUGCGCACGUUCAUCUUCUCCACGCGCAGCGCCAUCAGCGACGCGGACCCGCAGGACAAGCUCGCCGAGUGGACCGUCGACCUCUACCCCAAGGGGGUCUGGUUCCGCAAGAGCAUGCUCAUUGCCUGGUCCGGCACAUAUGAUGUGCCUGAAGUAGUUCUACGGACGGUGAGGAUAUCCAUCACGUGUCAAAGUGUAGCAGCCGGGGAGCCAUAUUGUCCUGAACCUGAUGUCAGGGUCAAGAUCGGUAUACUCGUGUGGGGCGUCCAGAAGGGAGUGGAGCACAUUUCUGCUGUGACGGAGAGAGUGCAUCGGUUUUCAGCUCAGAACAGAGUGCUGAAUAUCGACAACGCGUUGGACUUCGACGAGCUGAACACGCCUCUCUACACGCCUUCGCAUUCUCAAACGUCUUUCGCUGCUUACAAAGGCCCCGCUCGCUGUCCCAAGUGUGUGGACUCGUGCGCCUACCCUGAACCACCUCAUCUGCUCGGACCCAACCGCGACCAGUUGAGGAUACAGGUGGUAAUUGUUCCGCUGACAGACUUCUGCCACGUGAGUCCACCGGAAGUGACGUUUGGAUGA